AUGGCUGACAACAGUCAAGAUUUGGGAAAGGAUUUGCCAUUAUCAUCUAACGUUGAUCAGAUAUUAAUCCAUCAUUAUGUAUUAAAUUUGGAAAUUGAUUUUGAUAGUCGUAUUAUCCAUGCUUCGGUAAUUCUUGUAUUGCAAGAAACUAGCAAAUUGAAAGCUCUCAAUGUCCCAUUACAGAGCAUUUCUUUGGAUUGUAAAGAUAUCAAGAUUGAAUCCGUUUGGGAAAUUCAUGACUAUCCCACAACCAUUAUCGAUCACCUAUGUUCUCCUAUACCGUGCUAUCAGCGUCGUCAAAUGAACUCAGAUCAAUUUAAUAAGUUAUAUCGAUUGUCGAACGAUGCCAAAUUGAAAAUACGGCUCAAUUAUCACGUAACAAAAUGGUCUAUAAAUAUAAUGCCCAAGACAGACUGUGGAUACAAUUUACAUGAAAGACAACCUUGGCAGCCUCGAUGUAUUUGCAUUAAUUAUGAAACCAACCCUCAAGGUGGAUCAUUAACAUGGGCUAAGGAUCAGAACGAAGGUCCUUGUGUCUUUAGCCAAGGUGCAGCUUUCAACAAUAGAUCACUUUUUCCAUGCCAAGAUCAUCCUACAAUAAUUGCUACGUGGCAGGCAAGUGUAAAAGUAAAGUCAAACUAUACUGUGGUGAUGAGUAGCAAUAACGUAUGGAGUGAACAAGCAGAAGAUUAUACGAUGUUUCAUCACAUCAUGCUUUUGCCAGUGCCCUGUUCUGUCAUCGCUUUAGCUGUUGGUUCGUUUGCAUCAAGUUUGAUCAAGGUUGUGGACCGGCCAAACAUAAACUACAAUGAUCAAGCUCUAAAUUCUAAUUCGCAUCAAAAAUACACCCCUGAAAACAAUCCAAUAAUCUGCAGAAUUUACUCAGCUCCCAUAUUAAUUGAUAUUGCAUAUGAGAAACUACUAGACUCAGCUGCUAAAUACUUAGUUACUGCACAAACGAUGCUACUAAGCUAUCCCUUCGAUAAGUUAGAUAUAGUUGUCUUACCGAGAUGUUUUGGAUGUCUUGGAUUAGCAAGAUGCUCUUAUUUCAGUCCUUGCUUGAUUAUGGUGUCUCCGUCAUUGCUUCCUGGUGAAGAAUGCCUUAGCUAUCGAUUAGCUCAUGAAAUUUGUCAUUUCUGGUUCGGAAUUCUUAUUGGUCCAACAGAUUGGACUGAAGAAUGGUUUAGUGAAGGCUUUGCAACAUAUCUAGAAGACAGAGUUCAUUGUAAAGCAUGUUUGACCCAAAACAACAAUGAUGAAUGGAAAAGGUAUAGGUAUAGAACUAAAGUUCAGUCUAGCGUAUCACUUCAAAAUGCAAUUUGCAAUGACGUUAAGAUUUAUCUAUUGGAACCUUUAGAUUCCGUAACUGGUAUCAUAAAGAGCGCAUUGGAACCUGUUAAAUCAUUUCUGCAAGUGCAUUACCUAAAGGGAUAUUUUCUACUCUAUUAUCUGUCAAAAAUUGUUGGACAUAAUCAAUUUGAUGACUAUAUACGUUCUUUCGUAAAUAAAUACUGUUUUCAACAUGUUAAUUGCAAGGAAGUUUUUGACCAUUACUUCGAUUUCUUUCCCAAGUUGAGAAAUCAGGAAGUUACUAUACGUGCUACUAUUAAAGAAUGGCUAGACAAUGCUGGACUUCCAGAAUAUAAAAGGUGGAUUAGAUUAAAUGAAUAUAACAGACGAAAACCUCGUCGUAUCUAUCGUGGCAGCCGAAAACGUCGAAAAGCCUUAGCCGAUAACUUACCAUCUAUAGCCAAUAUUCGUCAUAGAUGGUGCGAACUAGUCAUUAAACAUAGAUACAUCAAUGGAUACAAAAACAUCGAAAACUUGCUAAUAGAAGAUCAGGGAAUGGGGAUAUAUUUAUAUGGAGAACUGGUCCUAUACGAUCUUAAAGAUUUAGCCAGUAAAAUUUAUGUAGGUAUACAACACGAAAUGGAUCGAGAUGCUACAGCUAUAGUUGCUGAACUCUUAUCGUCAUAA